UGACGACUUAACCGGAAAAAAUUCAGCUGUCAAAAGCAAGAAUAUGCCCCGUCCUAGACGAGCUAGAUCCGCUCGUUUUCGUCCAAACGAGGCGUUGCUGAUGCGGCCUGAACAUGCCCCGCGCACGGCAUGAGGCCGCCAGCCUGCAGUCGACCGCCGCUCGUCCAUCCCGCAUCUCGGAGUCGAGAUUCGACAGCAUGACACAAAGAGCCCUCCCCGAAAAUCCUUGGUCAUGACCAGUCCUGCCGUCUUGCGCCAGAGCCAGCAGAAGAUCUGGGAAGCGUGCGUCCCGCUCGAGAUCCGGCUGGCGAAGUCAGAAUGCAAGACCUACGACGAGUCGGACCCGUACCUCGUUAUGAUGCCGCGGGUCUCGUAUCUGCCGCUGCUAUUGCCCAAGCUGCACGCUUUCUUCUUAGACCUCCUCAUCAACGAGGACGCCCGCUUCUGGCACGGCUGGUUCUCGUUUGAGAACGUGCCGCUGAAGUGGCAGUUCCCCGUCGGCCUGCUGUUUGACAUAUACUCUGGCAGCAGUGAUCGGCUGCAGGACGAGGACGGCCAGAGCCCCAGGAAAGACGCCAGUCCCGUCGAGCAACGCGUCGGCGGCGCCGAGUCGCCUCGAACGUGGCAGCUCACGGUACAUUUCGACGAGUACCCGGCCGACGUUCUCGUCAGACUCGACCAUGACGCAAAGGUUUUGCGUGACGCCUUCACCAACAGCUACAAGGAGUCAAGUUUCGUGCGCUACUCGUCCACAAAGGUCGUCCAGCGACUGAGCAUGGACGACGCGCUGCAGCUGUGGGAGGCGGUUGAAAAGCGUACGAAGCCUUCCCGCCUCGACCGCACUUCGCGCACGCGCGCCAGACAGAUCCGACGCUUGAUGCUAACCUCGGCCCAGAUGAUUUCGCGCUGUUCUCGCCGAUACAGCAGAAGAUGAUGCGUCCGCGGGACGUGGAGAUCAAAAACAUUGCGCUCAAGAUCUACCUCCCGGCGACAGCCAGCGACGACGACGACGAGAAGAGUUCAACCACGCCCGGCCACCUGCGCGUCAUACAAGGCCUGGUCCCGCCGCAGAUAUCAGCCCGUCAGCCGCAAACACUGGGUACGGCUCUAAACAGCCUCGUCCCUUCCCUGUUCCCGAGCCGCAAGAUGCCACUCCUAGCCCAGCCCGUUCUGCACGGUGCCAUAGUGCCCUUGGGCGUGAGUCUCGACACGCUUUCGGAGAUCGCAUCGUACGCCGACGGCUUUCUGCACAUGACCGUCGCCAUGAUACGAUAAAGACCGGCGUCAGGAAAGCGUCGGAACCUUCAUGCUAGCUUUAACUUCGCGGCGACCCUGCUCUCGACGCGCUGCGGUGUGAGAACGAAAAAGAAAAGAAAAGAAAAGAAAAGAAAAAGCUCAAAUGUCCGUGAGACCCCGGCAGCUUGACACCGAAGCGUUUGGAGGACGUUCGUUUUCAUGGGCGGGAAAGGGAGUUUGCUCCAAGCAAAUAUGACGAUUUCAAGUGCCACCCUACUUGCUUGCUUGGAUUGAGAACAAGUCAGGGGCUGUUGGCCGCUUGUAUCGUCUGACGGGAUAGGAUCAAGAAAAGCAGAAAAAGAGAAAACGAGCAAGUUAAACAGUUUUGUGACCGGUGGAGCGUAAGCUUUGUUCAUAUAUUUUGGCCUGGCCGGCAGAAGGCGCAGUUGAAUCUGGCUAAUUGCAACAUGAUCACGUAUCACACCCGCUUUGUUCGCGAGAGCAGUUCUGAAGCAAAAUUUCGGCAGCGUCUCGCCGCCGUGAGAAAAUUAAAAAAAAAAUCAGCCCCCUCCACUUUCUAUUUU